GCGGGGCGGAGCGGAGCGGGGCGGAGCGGAGCCUGCCCCGGUCUCUGGCGGGAAAACCCUGAGGAGAUUUCCUCUCUUAAGGGCUGUGAGGGCUGAGGAUGGGGGCUCACGACGACUGAGUCCCACUGCCCUGGCACACUGUAGCCGGAAAACUGUCGAAGUCUGUGGUAAAGGAUAAAUCCAUGAGAUAAGAAAAGAUGGCGUCCAGAGUAAAUACCAGUUUCACUCUGAUACCCAACCAGAAAUGUAAACAACGUACUAACCAUCAACCCAGCUAUUUUUGCAACACCCCAAAUUUAGAUCUUCAACUCUUAUCUACGCUUGGAAAUUUUAAGGUCUUACCAUUGGAAAUAUUCCACAUAAUUUUAAGAUAUUUGUCAGUGAAGGAUAUUGGCAUGUUAAGCAUGGUAUCCAAAACAGUCAGCCAGCACAUAAUUAAUUAUAUCUCAACCUCAUCUGGAAGUAGAAGACUUUUAAUACAGAACUUUCAUAACCUUGAUCUGUCUGGCACAAAAGAAGAAACUCAUCUACUAGAUCACUACAGAGCUCUAGGUCUACUUUUUAAAAGAUGCACCUUGCUGCUUCCCACCAAGGACAGACUAAAGUACAUUCACAAGAUCCUCUCAGAAGUUUCCUGUUUUAAAUUCAGCGGUUGUUCGGCUCCUUUGCAAUGUGUAGGAUUACCAUGUUAUGGGAUGUUUUUACAGACCUUAACAGCAGGUUGGGAUGAACUUGAGUGCCAUCGUGUUUAUAACUACUUAUGUGAGUUGACUAAUCUCUCCCGUAAGAUGCAGACUGUUGUCUGUAACAAACCAGGAAGUUCCCGAAAACUAGAGUUAAGGAUUAGACUGUUCUGUAGGAAUGUCCUACUUGAUCAUUGGACACAACGAAGUGAUUCUGCAUUUUGGUUGACUCGAAUAUUAAAACCAUGGCCAAUGGUGAAUCAAGCAAGAUUGCUAUAUAUUAUCUUUGGACCGACAGCUCCUCAAGAUGGGCAGGUGAUUUGGCAGGAAAUGGUAGAAGGACCCACAGAUGAAUCCAGUUUGAAAGGCUUGGCUAAUGCCAUUAAGUUACUCUAUGACACAAGUACCAAAGAGUGGACGGCAGAUGAUGUUAUCAGUCUUGUAGAUGAACUAUCAGUGGUUCCCCGGGAGUGGCUUCUGGAGAACAAUGCACGCCUCCUGAUCCUGAGCGGGAACAACAUCUGCUUCACUUUCAUGGCUAGUAAAGCAGUGAACGGACGGGCCAUUGAGCUCGCAAGGCUCAUAGUCUUUUUGGCUUUGGUGUGUGAGAAAGAGCUAUAUUGCAUGGACUGGACAGUUAGAAUGAUGCAGAAAGUCUGCAAAGUCUUCAGCACUGCAGCAGAGAGAAAGAGCUUCCUGCAGAGUGUGGCAAAUGCUUUUGCCUGUGUCACCAUGGAAAUGCUGCAGCCUAUUAUGUCUGGAGAGCGUGAUGAUGAUGACAGAGGCUUCCUGAAUUUGUUCCAUCUUCUGCAUGCUCAGGCGAACUUCCAUAAGGAGGUGCUGUAUUUGACCAUGAAUGCCUCUUCUUCCUAAGUCAAGAAGCUUGUCACUUAAAGAAUAUGUCUCUAGACUAUAAGAGAGUGGCACUUUUUCACAUCCAAGGGUAGCACCUGUUGGACUUUUGAUAAUCUAAUUACCAGAAACUCCAGCUGCACAGGAUUUUAGCUGUAACUGUUUCACUCUGAUUAAUGUAAAAUAACAGGCAAACCCAAGAAUGUGUUGCUACUUUUCUGGCAAACUAGCUCUGCCUCUCCAGAUCAUCAAACCAAAGCAGAAUGUUAACUGUCCAAGAAUCUGCAGCCAGCUCAACCUAUUUGUGUGGCUCUUUGAAGCAAGAGCUGAUUCUGCUGUAUUAAGAACAGAUUCGCAUUUGUUAACUCGUGCUGUCUGUUCACUUGACAUCGGCUGAGCAAAUAUGGCCCAAAUGUUUUGUGAGGAUUUGUAAUACUGUGUUUUAGAAUGUGCAUUAUGUAAGUCACAUUCCUUACCAUCUUCUUAGCAUAUGGCUACAAAAUAAAUUUUAUAUUUCAUUUAUAUUUUGUAUGAAUU